AUGAAAGGUGGAACUGAUCAGUAUAGUUAUGUCCAAAAUUCCUCUCUUCAGAGACGUGGAAUUGAUCUUUCACAAGUGAUGAUAAAUGAAGCAAUUGCUAAAGAUAUCAAUGUCGAAAACCAACUAAUGAACAACCCAAACACCAUUUUUCGCGUUGUUGACUUGGGUUGUUCGGUGGGAUCCAAUAGUCUUGUUAAUGACAUAAUCGAAGCCAUUGAUCUUAAGAUCAAAUCAUAUUUUCAAGGGCUUGAACCCAUGCAAUGUAUAACAUCUGAGUUUCAUGUAUAUUUUAAUGACAAAACAUCUAACGAUUUUAACACUUUAUUUGCAUUGAUUCCUUUAAAAAAGCGUUACUUCGCAGCGGGCGUACCGGGUUCAUUCCACGGCCGUUUGUUUCCUCGAGCUUCUCUUUAUAUUGUCAAUUCAUCUACUGCACUUCAUUGGCUCUCUAGAGUUCCGAAAGAGGUUGGUGAUAUCAAUUCCUCGGCAUGGAAUAAAGGCAAAAUACAUUAUAAUAACGCUUCAAAUGAGGUCUUACAAGCUUAUUCAGCGCAAUAUGUUAUGGACAUGGAAGCUUUUCUUCUUGCUCGUGGACAUGAAAUUAUCCGUGGUGGAUUGAUGUUUAUUUUGGUUCCACCUAUGGGUGACGGAACUUUAGUUUCUCAAACAGGUCUUGGUUUACAAGCAGAUGUUUUGGGAUCUUGCUUCAUGGAAAUGGCGAAAAUGGUAACCUUUAUGUAUUCAAAGUCACAUUAUUGCAAUGGCCAAUGA